AUGUGAUCAGAUGUGUCCAAUCACAGCUGAUCACAUGUAAACACGGAAAUGGGACAUGUACACUGAUCAUCAGGGCAAUGAUGAUCAGUGUGCCCUGAUGAUCAGUGUAGCCCCAGAAGUGCCACGUGCCAGUGCCACAUAGUGCAUACCAGUGCACAUCAAUACCACAUAUCAGUGCCCAUCUGAGCUGCCUUUCAAUGUCACCCAUCAGUGCCACCUAUCAAUGCCAAUCAGUGCUAGGCAGUGCCGCCUAUCAGUGCCAGUCAGUGCCAUGUAUCAGUGCCAUGUAUCAGUGCUGCCUUUCAGUGCCCAUCAGUGAUGCCUGUCAAUGCCCAUCAGUGCAACCUACCAGUGCCUCCUCAUCAGUG